ACGCUGGCCCGUUGCGAGCCCGCUGAUAUAACUGCGCUGCUCUCGUUCCCAGCGAGUUGCGUUUACAUUGCAUGCGUUCAUCGCGAUCUAUCUCGAUCGGAUCGAGGCGUGCUCGCGAAGGAUCCGGCGGGGAAUGAGAUCUCAUCGAUCGGAUCUCGCAUCUUGUUUGUUCAUCGUUUAUUCAUCGAAGGACGAACGUGAAAGGCGCGAAAAGCGUGUCGUGUGAUUCCCGUGCGAUUGUUUCCCGCAACCGAGUACGCGUCUCUUAGUGGCAUAUCAAUGCGGUUAAAGUAACGGUUGUACGUCGUAAUAACGUCCGGUGGACGGUUGCUCACAUGGCCCAUGUUUUGUUUCUGUGACCACCUUGCAACACAACUACGUGGCUCCCUCUCGAUCGUUUCCGUUUGUGGCAACGAGCUGCCAUCGUAUCUGAAGCGCGCGCUUCAGCGACCUCGUGUGCGAGAUCAACGUUCACCUCUUGCGAAAGGAAUAGCUUGUGGGACGUCCCGCUAACGCAGGAUGCUGGGACAACGGUGGGACCACCAGUGAGAUGUCCGCUGAUAGACGUAGCGAUAGUAGUUGUAGGAUCAUUGGCACGAUUUCCGAGUCCUUGAUCAACGACGUGGCUGUCAUCGGCAGCGAUAACGCGUUAACGUCCGGCGUCUCGAGCGACACUUCUCAUGCAGAUGAAAGCGUGUGAUUGACAUUAUUCCGAACGGCUAAACCUCUGUAAUAUCGAGGAUUUGCUUCAGAUUGCGUUCUCCAUUUGCUCUCUCUCUCUCUCUCUGCCUCCCGCUUCUCUGCCUACUAAACUUCGACGACGAAGCGAAAUAUCCGCGGACGGAAGUGCAAACGUUGCAACGUUAAACUGACGGUGACAGCGUUCGCUGUUACGUCUAGACGCGAUAUAAAGUGCAUUUAACGGCUCCAUGACAACGUAGGACGUUUUAAAUGAAGAAAGAAAUAGAGUAGAAACGACGUUGAGAGAGAUUUGGAGCAAGCGUUUGAGAUUUUUAUUCCUUGAAAUAUUAUUUCUCACGACAUCUUUGACAAACUUACGGUAAUUGAAUAGGGAGAUGGAUACGUUCUUGAUUAUCGGCAUUUGCUUCCUCUGCUAUGAGAUGUGCGAUUUAAUAAGACGCUACACCGGGCCGCAGCAGGCGAUAGAAACGCAUCACCCGGCGGAGACGACUGUCGAGACAUCGCCCCCGCAGAAAAUAUACUCGAUUUCUCGCAAGAUUCAAGGGCCUCGCGCCUGUUGCCCGCAAUAGAUCGCGCGUAUACUUCUACGAUUCGAAUAGUUUCAUCUAUUUGUUUAACAUCUGUGUUAGCUCGGGAAACGAACCGCUUUGUGCGAGCUACGGCGAACGAAAAGGAUCUUUGCUGAACCUCAAACGGAUAUAGAAUUCCGAACUCAGCCCGAGCAAAUGGAUGGCUACACAAGAUGGAUUUACAGUUCCGCACAGUGAUAACAGACGCUCGUCUCGGAGAUUCAUGAUGUUUACGGAGAUUCAGGGCGGCAACGCGAUCAAUAAUGAUUUGUCAGCUGUUACGUCAACUGAAAUAUAGACCAGCAGAUCGACGGGUUCUUAGAAUGAUGAAUUCAUAGAUACGACAAUCGAAAGCAACAAUUUGCAAUUUGACGUGCUGAUAAACGUGUCAUUUCAUUCAUAAAUGUUUGCGAAUGAGGCAUAGAAGGCGAGCACAUACUAAGCUGAAUCGAUAAAGAUACAGCGAUAGGAUUCAUCGGACGAUUUCCUUCAUUAACGAGAUGUGUUAGAGUCGAGAUUGGUUGGUGUAUUAUUCAUUAUUCGCGAUAUGUGCGGAUGUGCAAGCGAUGACAAUGCGUAACCGUUCGAUUUGUUUGCGAAUACAUAAAAAUAUCGAUAGCAUUCUCGGCAACGGAUUUAUUCGGGUGGAAUUGGUCGCUACAACGAACACGAUAUACGUUGUGCAAUGAAAAGUAAAAAGUAGGCCGUCGUUACGCUUUUGAAAAUCGGUAAGUGAUAUUGAUUGAGACAUUGUGGUUGACAGUCAUACGGAGCGAGGGAAAAGCAAAUUUACUCAACGAACUUUUCAGUAUGUGCUCGUGAAAUGCAAACUUUAUGACGAACGUUUAACGCUGAAUGUCAGUACAACCGCACGAAAUUGCAACGCAUAAACAGAGAGUAAAGUUUCUUUCGUGCGUGUUUGCUAAAUCGGUGUUGUCGUGCAAAUAGCGAUAUACUGUUUUCCAAAAUAUAAUAUUGUGCCCGCAUGUCUAACGUUCGAAGUAAGGAGAGGAGAAGCGAUAACAUCGUUUAACAGUGAUUGUAUAUGCACUGCCCGUAAUUCAAUCUUGACGUGCGGUCAGAAAGUUUCUAUAGAUUGUAAUGAACUUAUAAUCGCGACUUACAGUCGCGGUUGAUGCAACGGCUAUGUUAUAACAAAAACAUUUCGUCGAGAUUGGAGGCGAAAAGGGCAGAUAUAACUACAAGUGUGUUAAAUAAAAUUAAACUAUGGAACGUUACUACAUUUUGCAGUUGUUUAGAAAGGUUCAACUGACCUGACCUUUAAGGAGCAGUUGUUGUUAAUUAAUAAGUUGAACAUAUUUGAAGUGACCCGCUAUUAAUGAAAUGUCUUUCUAGAAUUGAAACAGCGCUACUUUUAUCUACAAAGUUCAGCGAAAAAGAUCCAAUUAUGUCGAGUAAAAAACGUUGAAUAAAUUAAAUUGCUGCGAUAUAUUCCCUCCUGAUGUCUAUAAUGUUACUCUUGGUGAAUAUAUCAAAACCUUUUUCGAUGAUUGCGAGUGUUUUCUGAUCAACUCAAGUGGUAGCUCUCAUGCCGGAGGAUUUAGCGCGACGACGAGAGGCGAGACUUGUUCAUCGAUGCGACGAGGAAGGGGAAAAGACCAUGACUAAUGUUCAAUCUCAACCUCAGAGUUCGAUGUUCCGACGCUACGACGUGACCCCUUUUCGGUCGAUAUUUCGAGAGAGAUCGAAACGAGAAAAUAUCAAAAAUUAGAAGACAUGGACUCGCUGGAACGUCUCAUGAGUUCCCGUUCUCACCAUCCGGCUCUCACGGCGGCCACACGAUCACAAAACGCCUUUGUACAGGCCAAUCUCUGCUCCGUGAUAGGCCGCAAAGGACGACACCUCAACGGCACCUUUUGUUUAACCGGGGACACGAUGGAAGGCAUCAUACAAUGCCUGGUCUUCCUCAAAGCUUUCUCGCUCGUGGGCGGUGAAUUCGACAUGGAGCUGAAUUUCGUGAUCCAGGACGCGCAAAACAUCAGGCACAUGCUGGAGCUUCUCGAUCAUUGCCCGCCCAAUCUCCAGGCCGAAAUAUGGAGCGUCUUUAUCGCGAUCUUGAGAAAAAGUGUCAGAAACUUACAAGCGUGCACGGAUGUAAGUCUCAUAGAACAUGUUCUACAUCGAUUAUCUCGUGCAGAAACUGUUGUCGCCGACUUAUUAAUCGAUAUGCUGGGAGUGCUAGCAAGCUACAGUAUAACGGUGAAAGAAUUAAAACUUUUGUUCGGCGCUAUGAAAGCUGUUAAAGGAAAGUGGCCGCGGCAUUCAGCGAAAUUGUUAAACGUCCUCCGCCAAAUGCCACAGCGAAAUGGGCCCGAUGUAUUUUUCAGUUUUCCUGGUAGGAAGGGGUCGGCGAUUGUCUUGCCGCCGCUUGCAAAGUGGCCACACGAGAAUGGAUUUACCUUCACCACAUGGUUCCGCCUAGACCCUAUCAACUCUGUUAAUAUCGAACGAGAAAAACCGUACCUCUACUGUUUUAAGACAAGCAAAGGAGUAGGAUACUCUGCACAUUUCGUAGGCAACUGCUUAGUCCUGACGUCUAUGAAAAUAAAAGGCAAGGGCUUCCAACAUUGUGUCAAAUACGAAUUUCAACCACGAAAGUGGUAUAUGAUCGCGGUAGUGUAUAUAUACAAUAGAUGGACGAAGAGUGAAAUUAAAUGUCUGGUCAAUGGUCAGUUGGCGUCGAGUACAGAAAUGACAUGGCAUGUUUCGACAAAUGACCCUUUCGAUAAAUGCUACAUCGGAGCAACUCCCGAACUGGAUGAGGAACGCGUGUUUUGCGGGCAAAUGAGUGCAAUUUACUUAUUCAGCGAAGCGUUGACAACGCAUCAGAUAUGUGCGAUGCAUAGAUUAGGUCCGGGAUAUAAGAGCCAGUUUCGUUUCGACAACGAGUGCUACCUGAAUCUGCCCGACAAUCAUAAAAGGGUGAGUGAGCAGGAUCUCUCUACGAGCAUGGUGGACCAAAGUAUGCAAAUUGUACUUUAUGACGGAAAAUUGUCGAAUGCAAUUGUGUUCAUGUACAAUCCAGUAGCAACAGACUCACAGCUUUGUCUACAGAGUGCACCGAAAGGCAACGUCUCCUAUUUUGUACAUACACCACAUGCCCUCAUGUUACAGGAUGUCAAGGCAGUCAUAACAUAUUCGAUUCACAGCACGUUAAAUUCGAUAGGUGGUAUUCAAGUAUUGUUCCCAUUAUUCUCACAGCUAGAUAUGCCUUAUGACUGCAUAGCACCAAAUGAUGUUAAGCGUGAUCCCACGUUAUGUUCGAAACUGCUCGGCUUUAUUUGCGACUUGGUAGAGAGCUCUCAAACAGUUCAACAACACAUGGUACAAAACAGGGGAUUUUUAGUAAUAAGUUUCAUGCUACAGAAAGCGAGCCGAGAUCAUCUUACGACGGAAGUUCUCGCAUCCUUCUUGGAGCUCACGAAACAUUUAGUGACUUGUCUCAGCGCAAACAGCGAUUUAUUAUUGAAACAGUUGUUUUAUUUUUCAUUCCUAACAUGGCAGCUACUGGAUCACGUUCUUUUUAAUCCUGCUCUGUGGAUAUAUACGCCAGCUCCAGUACAAACACGACUUUACUCGUAUCUGGCCACGGAGUUUCUUAGCGACACGCAAAUAUAUUCCAAUGUUAGACGUGUAUCGACAGUUUUGCAAACAGUACAUACACUGAAAUAUUAUUAUUGGGUAGCUAAUCCUCGAGCUAAAAGCGGAAUAACACCAAAAGGACUUGAUGGACCGCGUCCACAACAAAAAGACAUUCUUACAAUUCGUUCUUAUAUCUUAUUAUUUUUGAAACAAUUGAUAAUGAUCGGCAACGGAGUGAAAGAUGACGAAUUACAAAGCAUCCUUAAUUAUUUGACAACAAUGCAUGAGGAUGAAAAUUUGCAUGACGUCUUACAAAUGCUCAUAUCUUUGAUGUCGGAACAUCCAUCAUCGAUGGUACCUGCAUUCGAUGCGAAACAAGGCGUACGAACCAUUUUUAAACUCUUAGCAGCUGAAAGCCAGUUAAUACGUUUGCAAGCGUUAAAACUACUAGGAUUCUUCCUUAGCCGCAGUACACACAAAAGGAAAUACGAUGUCAUGAGUCCACAUAAUCUAUAUACGUUAUUAGCUGAAAGGCUCUUAUUAAAUGAAGAAACACUCUCAUUGCCGACAUAUAACGUUUUAUACGAGAUUAUGACCGAACACAUCAGUCAACAAAUAUUGUAUGCUAGACAUCCUGAACCUGAAUCUCACUAUCGUUUAGAGAAUCCGAUGAUUCUGAAGGUGGUCGCGACAUUGGUUCGGCAAUCCAAGCAAACGGAGCAAUUAUUAGAAGUGAAAAAAUUAUUCCUCUCGGAUAUGACACUGCUCUGCAACAAUAAUCGAGAAAAUCGACGAACGGUUUUACAAAUGUCUGUAUGGCAGGAAUGGCUUAUCGCCAUGGCUUAUAUUCAUCCCAAAAAUACGGAAGAACAGAAGAUAUCCGAUAUGGUGUAUUCCUUAUUUCGCAUGCUUCUUCAUCACGCUAUCAAGCACGAAUAUGGUGGUUGGCGUGUAUGGGUUGAUACGCUGGCUAUCGUGCAUUCUAAGGUAUCCUAUGAGGAAUUCAAACUUCAGUUUGCCCAAAUGUACGAGCAUUACGAGCGACAGAGAUCGGACAAUAUUACAGAUCCUGAGCUAAGACAGCAGAGACCGAUUAGCACGAUUUCUGGAUGGGAUCAACAGCAUUCCGGAAACAAUGGCUAUAACAGACCAGCGGUGUGGGGAAAUCAGCAAAAUCACGAGAUACAACACAUGGAAAGGAAUUACAAGGAAUUCGAUGCAUCCGAAGCAAACGAUCGAUUAGAAGAAUCUUGCAGUUGCGACCUCAAUUCAAUAGACAACACCGAAAGCGACGGUAGUCCUGCUAUCGUGAAAUCGCGCAGCGAGACUUUGGAUACUCUACAAUCAUGCGAGGUAGUGUCGUUGGAUUCUAGAUUGAGCGACAAACCGGAAACACCGAUCACUGCGCGCGAGACUCAUACAGAAACACCGACCAUCCUCGAGGAAGCGAAUAGCGAGGCUGUCUCGCUACCGACCACGCAGGAGACCAGCGAGGUGAUAUCGAUUGAGAGUUCAAGUGACUUCUAUAGUGAAGUGCACAAAAUCGAGAGUUCCAGUCCCGACUCGAUGAUUGUUCAGGAUACACCGAAAAAAGAAAAAGAUGCAACUUUGGAAAAAGAAUCAGUUGCUGUUACCGAAUCCUUUUCGACUGAACAGAUUAAGGAGAACACGGAAGUGACAGCUGUCGAGUCGAAUGAUACGACGGAAACUACAGAAGUUACUAAUGUCCCAGAUACAACUUCUACAGCAGCGGAUAAAGUUGAAAAUAUUUCGGUAACGGAUAAGGAAACAAAGGAUCAAUCCAUCGAAGAAAAUAACGUUGCAACCGAUGACAGUAAUACACCAACUAACACUGAAGAUUCUGACAAAACUACGACAGCAAUCGAAAACGCAGAUGAAACUUCUGUUGUUUUAAAGACCGAUAUCGACACUGAAGAAAAUAUUGUGCCAAUUGUCCCUUCUGACGAAACACGAGAAGCAUUGACAGUUAAAGUUAUUGAAAAACUUCAACUAGAGAAUGAUCGUGAAAUAAUUGAUAGCGAUACAUCAGAAGCAUAUUUAACGCCAACCGAGAAUCAGGAAAUCUCGUGUGAGAUGAGAAGCAGAAUGUCUGAAAGUGAGAAAAUCGAUGAUGAUAUUGUCGAGAAGAAGGAUAUUUCCGAAGACGGGGAUGUUACCGCUGAGACUGUUGAGAGCGACGAAGGGAAAACCGAAAAAAAUCAUAAUUGCUCAACUAGCGUAGUAGAAAGCGGCGAGACUUGCGCGGAGAAGGCAGUAGAUCUAGAAAACGAGAAGGUGGAGACAGUAAUAGUGAAUAGUGCGUUAAGUAGUGAUGAACGCGCCGUGGAUUCUUUAACGGAGGACAAAAGUGCUGUUAUUAAUGAUAGCGAAAACGCGAAGGUAAAUGAGGAACACUCAAGGGAGCCGUCCACUAUUUCUACUAGCGUAAGUGAUAAUAAGUCAGACGUUCCGGCGACGACCGGCGAGGUAGAAGUAACAGAUAGUGUUUGUAGUAAUAGCGAUGUUCAAAGUUCUGUAGAUAAUGUGACGCAAGUGCCAAAUCCUAAGCAGCAAAUCCCAACAAUAUCUACGGUCUGUGAUGCAACUAAAAGUUUAUCCGACGGUGUGCCUCAAAUCGUUAGUUCUAAUAUGGUUGCCAGAGACAAUGCGUUAUCGAAUGAUUUACCUCCAGAUCACGUAGACGCCCAUCGCAGAUCCAGCCUGCCGAUCGUAUCUUCGGAAACGGUCGCGGACGAUAAUGGUCACGAGCCACCCUCCUUGCCUGUGCCCUUACGAAAGACAUCGUCGCCUCAGAAACGACCAAGGAGUGCCUCAACGUCCACGCAGGUGGAUCCUAAUCAUUUCGAAGCCAAAAGAUCGAAGCAAGGAAAUCCUUCCACGCGACCAAUGUUUAGUCCAGGUCCGACGCGACCUCCAUUCAGAAUACCAGAAUUUAAAUGGUCUUAUAUACAUCAACGGCUACUAUCGGACGUUCUAUUCUCCUUGGAAACGGACAUUCAAGUAUGGAGAAGUCACUCGACGAAGAAUGUAUUGGAUUUCGUGAACAGCAGCGAAAAUGCCAUUUUCGUAGUGAAUACUGUCCAUCUAAUUUCGCAAUUAGCCGACAAUCUCAUAAUAGCUUGCGGUGGCUUGUUGCCUUUAUUAGCGUCGGCUACCUCGCCGAAUAGCGAAUUGGAUGUAAUCGAACCAACUCAGGGGAUGCCAAUCGAGGUAGCAGUUUCUUUUUUGCAAAGAUUAGUCAACAUGGCCGAUGUACUUAUAUUCGCUAGUUCAUUAAAUUUUGGAGAAUUGGAGGCUGAGAAAAAUAUGUCGAGUGGUGGCAUACUGCGACAAUGCUUACGAUUGGUCUGUACAUGUGCCGUUAGAAAUUGCUUAGAGUGUAAAGAACGUGGCAGAUCGUACAGCAUGUUAGGUCGGCAAAUUGGUUCUAGUAAUAAAUCACAGCACAUACAAUCGCUCAUACGUGGGGCACAAACAUCACCUAAGAACAUCGUGGAUAAUCUUUCGCAUCAAUUAAGUCCGGUCAAGGAUCCCGAGAAAUUGUUGCAAGAUAUGGAUGUAAAUCGUUUGAGAGCUGUAAUAUACAGAGAUGUUGAAGAAACCAAGCAGGCACAGUUUCUGUCUCUAGCUAUAGUUUACUUCAUCUCUGUAUUAAUGGUUUCGAAAUAUCGCGAUAUAUUAGAACCACCAAUAUCGCAGCGUCCACCGAGUCCAGUGCAAACGAUACAGACAAAUGGCGCCGGUCUCAGGCCAGGUAGUCCUUCAGAUGGGAAUGGUGGUGGAGAAGGGCGGCCCCUAUUUCCACAGUGGUCUCACCACGUGUACCCACAGUUCCUCCCAGGAUCUCACCCUAACGCCAAUGCGAAUGUCAAUGCCAAUCACCACAUCAACCAGCACCAUCACCAGCACCCGCUACCGGCUGCCAGGCACUCUAAUCGCCAGCCACCCUCUAAUUAUUAUCUCCCGAAUCAUCAUAACAAUCACUACAACCAUCAUCCGAAUAACCAUAACUAUCAUCGUCAUCAUCACUAUCAUCAUCACAAUAACAACAACCAUCACCAUACGCUUCAAAAGCAUAUCGAUCAGCCCCGAAAUCUCUGUCAUAGAAACUCCGGUGUCGGUCUGCAAGGUAUAAGCGGAGGUAUAAUGAGUCAAUCAGGUUCUCAAGAUGACGGAGAAUACGAAGUAAUCAUCGUCGACGAAAAUAAUUCUUCGAUUCUGGCUGAUCACGAUGUUACAUCGUCAGGCCCGCCAUCGACCAAGGGAGGUCACACUGGUGUACCUCGGCCGCGGACUAUUCUCGAGGAUUACACCUCAUCAGAACCAACGCUUGGCACUUCUACAAGGUCCGAACCACUGCCACGAAAUCUACAGAGCAACGAUUCCAGCGAGGAAACAGUACAUCGCAGCAAUAUCACCGCGGACGCGAGUCCUUCUGAAAUUACUACCGAUAACGAAAAUAAACAUAAUUCAUCGGAAGAAGCCUGGACAGACGUAAAUCUCAAUGAAGACGGCGAUACGAUGCCGAUUACGAAUCCAAGAGAAGACCCGCGAAAUAUCCACAAUAUCGCCCAUUCGCGUGGUGACAUGCAAGACAGUGAGGGCAAUGUUCUGGAACAAGAUAUGCUUGGCAACGCGGAACGGGGAGAGAAACCAUCGGCGGAGAUCUCGGUAGUUCGAGUUCCUGAUCGACUGGUGGUAACCGCGGCAUCUCCGAGAGCCGAAGAAUUACCGAUCAAAGGUCUGGUCGAUCACUUACCGGUACCAACACCUUCUCGCGAAGCUUCGCUCACACAAAAAUUGGAAAUGGCCUUGGGUUCGGUUUGUCCUCUCCUACGAGAGAUCAUGGUGGAUUUUGCCCCCUUCCUGUCCAAAACACUCGUUGGCUCCCAUGGUCAAGAAUUAUUAAUGGAAGGAAAAGGUACGAGCUGUAAGGGUUUGACAACAUUUAAAAACAGCAACUCCGUCGUGGAAUUGGUUAUGCUCCUCUGCUCUCAAGAAUGGCAAAACUCUUUGCAGAAGCACGCGGGUCUUGCUUUCAUCGAGCUCAUUAACGAGGGAAGAUUGCUAUCUCACGCUAUGAAGGAUCACAUAGUAAGAGUCGCAAACGAGGCAGAGUUUAUUUUAAAUAGGAUGAGAGCGGAUGACGUGCUGAAACAUGCUGACUUUGAGUCACAAUGUGCUCAGACAUUAUUGGAUCGUCGAGAGGAAGAACGUAUGUGCGAUCAUUUGAUUACCGCAGCACGAAGACGCGAUAAUGUAAUCGCCAGCAGGUUGCUAGAGAAAGUUCGUAAUAUCUUGUCCAAUAAGCACGGUGCAUGGGGAUACAUGGAUCCAAUGGCUGCAAAAUUAGCCGAGUAUUGGAAGCUGGACGCUUGGGAGGAUGAUGCACGUAGACGCAAGCGUUUCGUGCACAAUCCACUAGGCUCGAGCCACCCCGAGGCUACUCUCAAGGCGGCUCUAGAACACGGUGCACCCGAGGAUGCGAUACUUCAAGCACGUGAAGAAUUUCACGCGCAUCUCGCAGCCUCGCGUGCACACCAACAGCAAUUGCAGUCGGCGGAUCUUUUAGAUGACAGUGAAUUGCUGUCAGACGACAGGGAUCUCGACAACGACUUGACAGGUCCAGUGAACAUCAGCACGAAAGGCAGGUUAAUCGCACCCGGUAUCGUGGCACCCGGCAUCAUUUCCGUUACAUCUACGGAGCUGUAUUUCGAAGUGGACGAGGAUGAUCCGGAAUUUAAGAAAAUCGACAAUGAGGUGCUGAAGUAUUGCGACCAUUUGCACGGAAAAUGGUACUUUUCCGAAGUACGCGCAAUCUUCUCGCGACGUUACCUGCUGCAAAAUGUGGCCAUCGAAAUCUUUCUCGCCAGCAGAACCUCGAUCCUGUUUGCGUUCUCGGACCAGGCGACGGUGAAAAAGAUGAUCAAGGCACUACCGCGAGUCGGCGUUGGCAUCAAAUACGGAAUACCCCAGACUAGACGAGCAUCGUUGAUGUCACCGCGACAAUUGAUGAGAAGCUCCAAUAUGACUCAAAAGUGGCAGCGUCGAGAAAUAUCAAACUUUGAAUAUCUAAUGUUCCUGAAUACAAUUGCCGGCCGCACUUACAAUGACUUGAAUCAGUAUCCUGUAUUUCCUUGGGUGUUGACGAACUAUGAAACGAAGGAACUUGAUCUCAGCUUACCGAGCAAUUAUCGAGAUUUGUCAAAGCCGAUUGGCGCAUUGAAUCCAAACAGAAGAGCUUAUUUUGAGGAACGCUUUCAAGGCUGGGAACACGACACUAUACCACCUUUCCACUAUGGCACGCAUUAUUCUACAGCGGCCUUUGUUUUAAAUUGGAUGAUACGUGUCGAACCGAUGACAACUAUGUUCUUGGCGUUACAAGGCGGCAAAUUCGAUCACCCUAACAGACUUUUUUCGUCUAUCGCGCUCUCGUGGAAAAACUGCCAGCGUGAUACAUCCGACGUCAAGGAAUUAAUUCCGGAAUUCUUCUUUCUACCGGAAAUGCUCGUGAAUAGCAAUCGCUAUCGUUUGGGUAGACAAGAGGACGGUAGUUCGGUUGGCGAUGUUGAAUUACCGCCUUGGGCUUCGUCUCCUGAAGAAUUUAUACGUAUAAAUCGAAUGGCACUCGAAUCCGAAUUUGUAUCUUGUCAAUUACAUCAAUGGAUCGACCUGAUAUUUGGUUACAAGCAGAAAGGUCCAGAAGCCGUGCGUGCGACCAACGUUUUCUAUUAUUUAACGUACGAGGGUAACGUGGAAUUAGACACGAUCAACGAUGCCAUGAUAAGGGAAGCUAUAGAAAAUCAAAUUAAGAAUUUCGGACAGACGCCGUCGCAGCUCUUGAUGGAGCCGCAUCCUCCAAGAAGUUCAGCGAUGCACUUGUCACCAAUGAUGUUCUCAAGCAUUCCGGACGACGUGUGCAUGACUAUCAAAUUUCCAUCUAAUUCGCCGAUCUGUCACAUCUCAGCUAACACUUAUCCUCAAUUGCCACUGCCAUCGGUUGUGACGGUAACCACCGGACAACAGUUUGCUGUUAAUCGAUGGAAUACCAAUUAUGCAGCCUCUGUGCAAUCUCCGAGCUAUGCAGAUACUCCUCAGGCCCAGGCUGCUAAUCAGCCAUUAUCUAUGGAUCCCGUUCUCUCUCAAGCGGCAAAUAGCUCAAAUCCAAUGUUACAACGUCGACAUCUAGGCGAUAAUUUCAGCCAAAAGCUCAAAAUUCGCAGUAAUUGUUUCGUCACCACUGUAGACAGUCGAUUUCUGGUGGCCUGUGGAUUUUGGGAUAACAGUUUCCGCGUUUUUUCAACCGAGACAGCGAAAAUCGUCCAGAUAGUCUUUGGUCAUUACGGCGUCGUCACUUGCUUAUCGCGCAGCGAGUGCAACAUUACUUCUGACUGCUACAUCGCGUCUGGAAGCGCGGAUUGUACCGUCCUUCUCUGGCAUUGGAAUGCCAGAACUCAAACCAUCGUCGGUGAAGGUGAAGCACCUGCACCACGUGCCACUCUCACAGGUCACGAACAGCCUGUAACAGCCGUCGUCAUAUCUGCCGAAUUGGGAUUAGUUGUCUCGGGGUCGCAUUACGGUCCAGUACUUGUUCAUACUACUUUCGGCGAUCUCCUAAGAUCGCUCGAAGCACCCAACGGAUUUUCGUCACCGGAAAACAUUGCCAUGUCACGCGAGGGUGUCAUUGUAGUGAAUUAUGAGCGCGGACACAUAGCGGCGUUUACCAUAAACGGAAAGCGUCUUCGCCAUGAGAGCCACAACGAUAAUUUACAAUGUCUACUAUUGAGCAGAGACGGUGAAUACUUGAUGACAGGAGGCGACAAGGGUAUCGUAGAAGUUUGGCGAACUUUCAAUCUUGCUCUACUUUAUGCUUUUCCUGCAUGCGAAAGCAGUGUACGUUCUCUCGCGCUCGCUCAUGAUCAAAAGUUUCUUCUAGCUGGUCUGGCAAAUGGGUCCAUUGUGAUAUUCCACAUCGACUUCAACAGAUGGCAUCAUGAGUUCCAGCAGCGUUACUGAAAUUACGAUUUUCUCUUCGCCUAAGAAACUAAGGCGUAUCCCAUAAACAUUAAAACAAGCUUUUGCGCUUAUCUUUUUAAAUAAUAUGACAAUUUUGAACCUACAUGUAUAUCUCGGACAAAUAGCGCUUUGUUCGUGUGAUUCCCGUUGAUCGUGAAUCACUCACGAGAUUUUACGAAUGUGCAAUAGAAACGAAUAUUAUUUGUGCGACAAUUGUACGGGCCAGCUUCUCGUCAGACAUUAGUUUUAGAUUCGUCGCAAUUUAUUCAGUAUGCAAAAUAAUCUGUCAGUCAUUUCGGAUUAAGUGUAAUGAGCGGCAAUGAAACGAGUGCUGUAUUUUUCAAUGUAAUACGCUCUGGAUCUUAACGUUCAGCAAUAAACUCGCUUUCGUGGCUGCGUGCAGUGCUUCCGUAAGGAGAAGCUCGAACGAAGAAAGAUACAGAGCGCGAGAUGCAAUCAGAUUUCCAAACCCAUUAUCUCUGUGCGUAAUUUUACCGAGUCAAAUCCACAUUGCAAGCUAAUAAAGCGUGAAAACUAUACGCGUGUCGCUCGAAACGCUAGUCAAUUAACGAAGACUCGGAUCUACUUAUCUACAUUCGCGGCUGUUUGCGGAUUGUUCGCGCGGGCGUAAAGAAAAAAAUACGUUCUAUCGGGGAAAAUAACCGUUGAUACGAAGUGAGGAACCGCGUCGACGGGACAGCGGAGCUGUGUGAACAUACGUUAUUUUUAUGCCUGAAACUGCACGUGGAUUUGGCCACGACACCUUUAGCGUUAAUGUCCAAUGUAAAUACGGAUAUAUUCUUCACGUUAUAUACAUAUAUACAUAUAUUAUAUAUAUAUACAUACACACACGUACAUACACAUGCGCGCGCUUACUUCCGUAUAUAUCAGAGAGAAUGAAGGAGAGAGGCGUAUUUUAUCGCGAGAGAUUUGCAUUGUAUUCUUCGCAGACGUAUUAAUGUCGCUCAUGUCGAACUUUUUGGCUAAGCACCUUGUACGUUCAGUUUGGACUACAUGCACUGCGAACGCACUGCGUAUCACUGAUGCCGAUGCGCCGGAAUGAAUGCUGUGCGGAAACACGUCGGUAAUCAUUCUCCGGAUCACGAUAUCAGUUCCUGCUACACUUUCUACACCCUAAUAUUCGCGUCCUUCAAAAGAGAUCCUAAUUUUUAUCAAAGCCGUCCAGCUUAACUUUCGCGAGGAUAUUUCUUAGUAUUUUCGCACGCGACGUAUAUUAAUCAGCAAAGCAAGUUAUUUAGGCUAAAGUAACAUCCCGAAUUCAUCCUUAACAUUCUGCGAUUUGUCAAGGAUCGUUUGUGUGUAAAUGCAUCAUCUCUAGGAUGACUCGAAUGACGAUAGAAUAGAGUAUACGAGAAAGAGAGAGAGAGAGAGAAAGAGAGAAUGAGCAUAAAUGUGAAUGAGAAAAUGCAGAUAUACACCUUACAUCAAACAACGAUGGGGAAGAAGAUGCUUGAUCGUGCAUAAGUGGUAGAAUUACUGGCUUCAUUUUUUCGUUCGUACGUCAUCGUAGAACGUGUGAUAGCUGUCUUGUAGGUAUUACUACUAAAUACUAUUGUCAUUCUGAACCCUGUUUCGCGAAGAAGUCGUAAAACACGAUAUCGUAUAGGUAUAGCCUUCAGUUGUUUGUACGUAUUCUGAAUAUAGUGUCUUGUCGUCAUCUGGGUUAAUCUUGUGUAACAAGUAAUUAUUUAUCUACUUAAGGAGAAAUUAUUCUGUUGUCACUGUUUAAUAGCCAUAUGACUAUAACGGAUAUAUUUCCAAAGUUAUCGCAACAGUAGUCAAAAUAUCUUUGUGUAUACGAGAGAAUGAUGAGUUGCAAGGGCGCGAAGAAAGAGAGAGAGAGAAAAAGGGGAGAGACAGAGAGAGAAAGGAAAAAGAAAGAGGAGAGAAUACGAUAAGGAAAAAAAGAGAGCAUAAAUGUAAUCUAUUUGGAGCGAAUGUCUUACGGAUCGCAGUUGAUUAUCGCGAUGUUUUAAGAAAAUGCCGUAAAAUAGAUUGUAUUAUAUAUAAUUAUUAUUAUACAAUUAUAUUUAUAUUAUACAAUUAUAUUAUAAAUUGCAGCUAAUGAAUUAAUCAUGUUUAUUGUACUAAUUGAAUGGGGAUGAUCGAUUUUAGCAACGAUCUAGUUAAUUAUCGGACUUAAAAAGUGAAAAAAUCUGGAAUAUGCAAGUUGCAAUAUUAAUAAAAGCAGCUUAUAGAGUUUUUAUAAAAUAACCGAAAUCUUUCGUAUUUUUAACAAUUUUCAUAAAUAUUGAAACUUUCAAUAUUGGGAAAAAUCAAGUUUUAAUGACUAAUAUCGAGUUUGAUACUACGGCAUGAAAUAGAUUUUCGAUACUUUGAUAUGUGUUCUAGUCAAGGAUUACCGUCGAUUAAUCGUCAUGAAUCAUCUGCGAUCCUCAGCAUUUAUAUAGAUAUCGAUACAUUAAAAAAAAAAUGCCGUACUGUUUAUACGUGUAGAUGUAUAAAGUAAAGUAAAGGCAUAGUGCCGUCGUUUUCAAGCGAUCAAUCACCUUGAGUUUGCGAGAUCACGGUAGCGUUACGAUUGUAAUAUCGACUCCUGCUGUGCAUCGGACGAUCAGGUGGCAAUCCGCUUGCACAACCGAUAAUCGUACAAUUUUUAAACAUAUAGAAGAAUGUUACGUGUGCAACGUGUUAAUAAUGGUGUAUUGUCACUCUCGUUAUGGGCGUGCUUUUGCAUGAUCGUUAAUACUGUUCUGUUGGUUUCGUUCGCACGAAAAAAACAAAAAAAACAAAAAUGAAUGACCGAGAAAGAUGGCAAUCAAAGAAUAGAACGAAAGGGAUAAAAAAAUCAAGGAUUGAGGGUUGUGUCUGAGUGCUUUCAAUAAUAUCGCUAACUCUGUCGCAUACGUGUGGAAAAGAAUUUCUAUCACGCAUUUAAAUGUUUACGUGUAUUGAUGUAUAGACGCUAUACUCUCUAUCGACAUUUUAUUUUUAUUAUAAAAUUACAGUUACAAACGCGAAAAAGAGAAGGACAUUCCAAUUGCAUUUCCUGCUUUUUAUUAAUUUAUAAUUGCAUUUGUGCAUAUAUUCAGAUUAAUUAAGCUAAGAAAGAAAGAAAUAAAAUUGGCAAACCGCUCCUCGUUCAUAAAGUCGAAUUUAAAAAAAAUAGUGACACAUACUUGCAAGUACGAUGUGUUCGACUAGACGGCACCCAUUUUCUCAUUAUUAUAAUGAACGCGAAGGCAGCGUAAUGGGUGAAAAUGCAUCGGAGUGACAAGAAGUCACGCAUAAAAAGAGUUUUUAUAUUUGUUUAUAGAUGUGUGAGAAUGUGCUGCACUCUUUAAGCAAGUUGUUAGUGAAUUCCCUCCAUAUUGCUAAUAUAUAUAAAAGAAGUUAACUCAAAUCGAUUUCUGUCCGCGUACUUGAACAUUUCAGUACAUAAAAAAAAAAAUAUCGCUAAAUAUUUUAAAUAACGCUAAGUACAACGCUACAAGAGUUUGCCUAUAUUAUUAUUACGAUUUAUUGUCAUUAUAUUAUUAUUAAUAUUCUUAUUAUUAUACGAUUGUGUGGUUACACAUUAACGUACUUAAUACUAACGAUUAUCUAUACAGGAGCAUAGAUUUGUAUAUUCGUCGGAUAAGGCUCUUAAUGUUUGCGUGUUAAGUGAUAAUAAUUUACUUACCUACAUUACUAUUACGAGGAAGGCGCGAGAAACUGUGUAAAAUUUUAUCCGGUUCGUUCACAUAUACCGCGAGCUGCCCAUAGAGAAGUACUUACAUCUAGAUUAAUCGAUGCGUCUUUAAUGUUUUAUAAGCGUAAUCACGGGCUGGAAACGAGAGAUGAACGACGCUGCAAAACACACGCGACACGGAUAUAACACUUAAGCGCUUACUUAUUAGGCUCGUAUUAUCUACCUAAGUCUGGUUUAAGCCUCUCAAAAGGGACUGUUUAAAAACAGGACGCAGGAGGGAAACGGAGAAAGUAGUCAAAGCCAUAGCGAAGAAGCUCAACAGGAUGGUAAAUUGAUAUCUUGGUCAUCUCAUGAAGGAGAGAUAGAGAGAGAAAGGGAGAGAAAAAGUGUGUGUAAAAUCAAUCGAAAAAGCUUUUGUUAUGUACGAUCAUUUUUUUACAUCACACACAAAUAGUCAAUAUACACCCGUAGUCCAUGAAAAAUGGAGCAACCACGUUCGCGCGGAUCCAAUGGAGGCUCGCCGUAUAUCGUUUGUGCCGAAUAAUGUUUUAUAAGCAUCAUUGACUCCGAACAAGCGACGUGAUCUAACUUUUGCGUCCCAUCCGCGCCGCGCGAAUCAUGGUUGAGCUCUUCCGAUUUACGGAACAUUAACGUGAGAUUACAUCAAGUCAGGAUCGAGCUUCCUGCCGAUACACGGACCAUUUCGACGGUGAACGUUUUUGUCAUCCCUAAUUAAGGAGAUACACGCACGCAGCGAAAGCACGACCAAUCGAUCGCGUUCGUGAACGAAAUUGUAAUUAGAGGCCUAAGAUUGUUUUGCCGGUCAAGUUACAGCGUGAUUUCCAUGACGAUUUAAUCGAUGAAUGUAGGAUGGCAAGGGCGUACCGUCGAAAGAGCGUCGACACUUGUUUCGUAUGAUUUCCGACAAAGCCAAAUCACGUAAUCACGGGCAUCGACGAUCACCUCGUCGUUGACGGGAUAUACACGGUACAGAUUUAUUCCCGCCACUUUUAAGAAGUACUACUAGGUAGAGAAAUACUUAAGUCUCGUUGCUACAUACCAGUAUAAGCUCUAUCGCUUAUUUUAUACUUAGAAGUAUUGUAAUGUUUCGAUUAUAGAGAUAACAUAAUGGGAAAGUUGUAUCUUAGCAUAAGCUAGAAUAAUCUGUAAAGAUAAGUAGUCAAAUAAAUGAAAAGUACAUUUGA